CGGAUCGGCCAAUCGCUGCUCAAGCAGAAUUGGGAUCUAACGGCACGGAAUGAGUUAAUGGACGAACAGCUGGAGAUCGCUAAGGAAGAGAUAGCCCAGCUGCGUCAUGAGCUUUCCAUGAGAGACGACCUGCUCCACUUGUACGCCAGCACAGAGGAGAUUGAGAACGCCUCCGACUCACUCUCACUAAUGAAGAGGAACGAGUCGUCUAACUCCCUCAGUAACUUUGUCAAUUAUGACUUCAUACAGCAGAAACUCAAAGGUCUGGAGGAGGAGAACCUCAAACUACGCUGUGAGGCCAAUGAACUGACGUCAGAGACUGCUAACUAUGAGGAACAAGAGCAGGAGCUGAUGAUGGUGUGUGUGGAGGAACUCACCUCUGUGAAUAAGCAGGUGGUGGACCUGUCUGAUGAGUUGGCCCGUAAGGUGGAGGACACUCUCAGGCAGCAGGAGGAGAUCAGCUCCCUGCUUGGACAGAUAGUCGACCUGCAGGCACGCUGCAAAGGGCUCACCACUGACAACGAAGAGCUAACCCAGCACCUGAGUGCCUUGCGGGAGAGCCAAUCACAGCUCAAAUCAGAGCUAAACUACCUGCAGGACAAGUACUCAGAGUGCGAGGACAUGCUACGGGAGGCCAGAGAGGACAUUAAGAACCUGCGCAACAAGAGCCUGCCCAACAGCACGGUGCAGCGCUACAGCGCCCUAUCAGCCGUGUUCCCCAUGGACUCCCUGGCAGCAGAGAUAGAGGGCACCUUCCGCAAGGGCCUGGACGUCCCUGCCCCGUCCGAGUACAAGAACCAUCCGUGGCGCGUGUUUGAGACGGUGAAGGUGGUGAACCAAGCGUCGAGGCUGCGGUCACGGUGCCACUCCCCCGGCCAGGUGCCCGGCUCCAGCCCUGUGUCGCUGCACUCCAGCCGCGCCUCCACCCCCCGUACCAGCUACUACGGCUCAGACAGCGCCAGCCUCACCUUGGAGGACAAACCACCUAGUGCCAUUUCGAGGCUGGCAGAGGUGGCACAUACUGAGGACAACAGUGUUAGUGGCCCUAAGCGUCUGGGCAUGCCGGGCAUGCCUGGAGGCCAUGACCUAGAAGCCGCGCUCCGCUGUUUAUCUGACCGCCAGCAGAGCCACGCCUCAGAGCGCCCCUUCUUUGAGGUGGAGCGCGAACGCAAACUCUGCGCCCUGGCCGCCGCCUACCAGGGGUGCAGCAAGGAGGGUGAGGAGGUGGGCGAGCUGGGCUCCAGCGGGUUCCUUACGCCCAACGACAGCCUGGUGUCCAGCUCGGCGGCGUCGACAGGCACCAACUACUCCAAUGGCAGCUCGAUGCACUCCUCGGCCGGAUCGGGGGGCUCGCGCUCCUACCUACCCGAUCGCCUGCAGAUUGUCAAGCCCCUGGAAGGUUCAGUGACCCUACACCACUGGCAGCAGCUGGCCAAGCCCAACCUGGGAGGCAUCCUGCACCCUCGCCCGGGGGUCCUCACCAAAGACUUCCGGGAGCUGGAGAUCGACCUCCAACACGUCUACAGCCUCAACGACCUGGAGGAGGACGAGCCUGACCUAUCACAGCUCUCCCACAGCCUGGCUGCCGGAGCCAUGGUCACUCCUCUAUCCUCCGGCCCCAACCUCCCCCAGACCCUUCCCACCCACACCGUCACCACCUGUCGGCGCCACCACCCCUCCCUCCUGCUCCCCUCCUUCUCCACCAGCCUUUGCUCUCGCAGCCUGUCCGCUUGUGGGAGCUGUGAGCAUCUGAGCACCACGUCACCCUCCUCCUCCAAACAGCAGCACUGUGGGCUGAUAUUUGACCCUAGCCAGGGCGGCGGCCACCACUCCACCUCCACCCCAGCACCUCCUCUAUCACUGGGACUCCUGAGGCUGCUGGAGGAGCAGGGCAUCUCCGGCUCCACCGUUCCCUACCCUUACCACCAACUGACCCCACUCACAGCCCACACACGCCCCACAACGGCAGAGGAAGAUCAGGAUGGAGGUACAUUCAAGAUGGAGGAAGAAGGGAGAAGGAACAUUUUCAGCUUCAAACUGGUAGAGAAGCUGAGGAGUCUGGGACUUCACAAGGUGGCAGCCCGAGGGGUGGUGGGCUGGAGAGAGAACGGAGAGGAGAGAGAAGCAGUCAGGCAAUACAGACAUCCACCUAGAGUCUGAGAACGACUGGGAGAACUCCCUCCCCCCUCCUUCUCCCCUUCCUACUCAAUCGUCAUUGACUUCAAUCCACAUGCUUGCUAUGCCACUGUACCGCCGUUUUGUGUUUCGGGCCCACAGCAAUACAUUGUAAAACGGAGCCUCGGGAGAACCAUAGAGCCAUAUUGAGUUUCUGUCACGUGUACAGUCACUCUUCUUUUUGUAAUGGACUCCUGUAUUGUAGAUACUAGGUCUCCACAACAAUGUGUGACAUCAUGAUCAUUCUCAGGAGAAUCACCUGAUCACUGCUCCGGCUGGCUUGAACACGCUGAAAGUUUUUUUAUUUUUUUAAUAAAAUAAAAAGUUGAGAAACAUGCGUUGCUUUUUUCUACCUGUGUUUUGUGCGUGUCGAUGGUUUUACACGGUAUGAAAGUAAGGGAAUGGUGCUUCUCGUGGUGUUUUUUUUUUUUAGAACGACAGCCACCAUAUGUUUUCUAAAAUAAUUUGUUAAUACCAUCAAAUACAAUCACAUUACCUUUUCAUUAUGUUGGAAAAGAUUGACCACAGCAGUUAGUUUGUCACACUUAAAAAAAACAAGAUGCACUGGAAUUCAGGAUGUCCUUUUGCAAUAUAUAGCUGCUAUUAGAAAAUGAAGCAUUUGUGGGUAUUAACCACAUUCACUUUACUGUGGUAAAACCACUAACACUUCAAUCACUCCCCAUUACAGAAUGGUGGAGAGACUGAUACACUGACUGAACUUACUGAAAGUUUGUGACAUUAAUGACAUUAACUGAGGUAUACUACUCUGCUCUUUCCCCCAAAGUCCUCAUGUAGCACUAGCAGUACUGUGCGUUUGCAUGGCAUCACACAUCCCCUGCUGCAAGUCAUUGUAAAAUGCUUUACUCCGAAAUGCUGUCAAUUAUGUCAGUCAUUGUGAACUUGUGCAUUUAUUCAAACCUCUCCAAAAGCAUUCAGGUAGUCUACCAUGCUGUAUCAAAGACAACAGAAGGUGACUGUAAAAUGUAUUGGGACUAGUGUAUGUGCUGGAUCUGUGUUAACAGACCUUAAACUAAAGUCUUGUUUGUACAAAUGUAUUUAAUGUCAUCAGGAAUAAUGAAAGUUAGCUGUAUGAAAAAAUUAAGUUGGGCAUUCAAAGUUAAUUCCUCCAGUGAUUGCACUAAGGAGGAUACCUUACGAGGAAAAAAAAAAAUACAAGCAAAGUGUCACGGGAAAAAAGAUAGGUACAAAAACCAAAUGAUAAUGGACUGCAUGCUUUGGAUAAUCAGUUGUAUAUAUAAGGCGUAGGAUACUGCAGAUCAAAAGGGAAAAUGAUAGCAAAUUACGACAAUUUGUAUUCAGAAGAAAAUGAACCAAACAGCAAUGCAUAUAUUUCAGAUGUUGAAAUGGACUACUCUUUGCUGAAUUAUAUGUUAUAAUUGCUGAGUUGUAUGUGUGUAUAAAUUGUACCACUUGUAAAUUAAAAAGUACAUUGUAUUUCCAUCAGG